AUGCAGCUCCACGUCUGCUUGUUGCUCGUCGUCGUCGUCGCCGCAGCAGUCCGGGAAGAGCCACGGCAUUCCUCGGAGGAGACCGCCACCGCCACCCCGCAUUCCCACAGAGACGUCCCCGGUCCAUCUCGGGCCGGGUCCGACUACACGAGCACGCGAGAACCCUACGGAGGGUCUGGAUGGGGGUCCACGCCCGUUCACUUUUCCACCUGUGACAUCAUCGCCGACCUUAUGGACCCAGCUGGCGACCCCUGCUGGUACCGUGGCGGCAGUUCAUCUCCAAACGGAUUUGUCAAAAAGUACACGGAGAACCCCGCGCCUCCCAGAUGCCGCCGAGGGGACGUCGCCGAUCCCGGCUUCUACCGGGACCGCCGGAACCAUCCGGAACUCGUCAACGUCGGAGGACGGGACGGAAACGCCCCGGCCCACAUCCCCCAUGAGCACAAAGACAAAGCAGGAACGACGGCACCCGAUCCCUUGGCCGACGUGCGCAGCGUGUCGGCAAUCGGACGGGUUCCCGACUCCCAGGGCCAAAGGGGAUACGCCACCCAGGUAGGGGUCUUGGACUUCACCGAGGAAGGGGCGGGAACGCCUGGACCCCCGUCCCACGUGAGCGCUGUGACCGCGUCCGAAGGCUUCCUGAGCUUCGGGGGCCUAGAGGAUCGGAUGGGAAGGCCGCUAGCCACGUCCACCGAGACCGCGUCGGCAGGGUUCCUCGGCUCAGGAGCCUUCAAGGUCCUGAGCACCGGGGGCCCCAGGGGCCCCGAGGACGGAAGCGGAACGCCUGCGGGUCGGCUCCUCUUGAGCACACCGCUCAACUCCGUAAACGUGACGGCACGGCCGGAAAACGCGGCUACCGCGAGCGCCGUUUGGGCAUCCGGAGGAGUUCAGAACCCGUCGCCCACAGGGGCGACAACACUCGGACCCACGUCCCGGGUGGCGGCCUCCGGCCAGGGGGGGUCCCUGAAUGCGACGGCGACGUCCGCGACGAGCGUGACGGCAUCUGGAAGCGUCUCCGGUUUCGCCAGCUCCCACAACACGGGCGGCACCCUCGACACGGCGACCCUUCGGACCCCCGCCGUGUCUCCACCCGUCCCGGAUGUUCCGACUCCCGAUACCGCGCCCCCCGUCACGCAACUAAUGCCGACGACUGAGCUACAAGGCACUCGGGGCGGCACUCGAGGCUGCCGGCGGCCGAUCCCGGAAGCCUCCACCCCUCCGAGUUUUGCCACGAGCGAGGAAGCGAAAGUUUACGUGGUGCCGGACCAGCCCGCCACCAUCCGAGUGGAGUCCAUCCAGCUGCUGCUGCAGAUCGUCGCCGACGACUCCGCCUCCACCAGCGCUCCCGACCUGGAGGAGGACACCGGCGCCUGGGUGGAGCCUUACCUGCAGAGGGCGCCAGGCUUCACCCGAAUCUUGGCCGUGUGGGCCAGCGGUGGAGCCGUGCAGAUGCUGCUGCAGUUUGAGAGCCGGGGCGCCCUGCGGUGGCUGUCCGCCUCGGGAGCCUCCGCGCUGCUGCGCCACACGGGACUUGACCUGCUUGCGCCCCAGGGGCGGAGCUUCGGAGGCUCCAAGGUGCUCAAUGUCACAGUGGGAGGGGUGCAGGAGGACAUUUGCGAUUGGUUGCUCGGCUGUCCAGCGGGCUUCCGUUGCAUCAGUGGGCCCAGCAACAACUACAGCUGCUCCUCCGUUUGCCAUUUUGACUUCUGCCACCAUCACGGCAUCUGCACACACCACACAAGAAAACUUCCCGUUUGUCGGUGCCUGGUGGGCGAGGACUUCUGGUUCAUGGGUUCCCGCUGUGACGUCCGGAUGACGCGCGCUCGCCUGGUGUGCACCUGCGCGUCCGUCCUCGUGUUGGCCGUGGCCCUGAUCGGCGCGCUGGCCCUGGUCGCCGUCCGACGCUACCGAGCCGCUCUGAUCCGGGCCAAAGUGGACCAGACGCGGAGCAGCUACCGGCGCUUCAACCAUUUCGACGAGCUGUCGUCUCGCUUCUGGCCGCGCUCGGCGUCGGCGGCUUCCGCCGACUCGAUGGACAAUCCGGCAUUCACGCGCUCCGACGAGCUGCUGCACAUGCGAGCUCUGGACCGGCCCUGCUGCUACCACGAUGACACCUUGUCGCUCGCCUCCGCCUCCGCAUCCGCCUCCUCUGGCUUCACCGGCCGCGCCGCGCGCCUCAACACCAUCUACCCGGACAGCUCUCAGUACGGUUGGUGCGGCAGCGAGCUGAGCGUGGGCGACGGCGUGCUGGACUCGGGCAAGGCCAGCGACUUGUCGGUGUGCAGCUGGCCGGUGGAGCCCAUCCACUGGACGCCCUUCCCGCUGCUGCGGCGGCUGGCCGCCCCCCGACACCCCCACGCCGCUCGGACGUCCAGGCCGCGCUCGCACUGCGACGGCAUGGAGCUGGUGGACAUGAACCGCAGCUGGACCGCAUGACCGCGAUGCUCUUUGGCCAUCAAACGCUCUCGGUGUGUGCGUGCGCAUAAAAAGGUUAGCCGGUGAUCAAUCAAUAAAUACUGUGUGACUAUUGUG